UAGGAGCAGAGCAGGGCAGCAGCCUCUCCAUCCAUCGUUCCGUCGUGUCGUGUCACCUAUCCUUUUUCUUCUUCCAGCAAACAUCCCAUGUAAGCAGCCAAAUCAACCCAACCCAUCGGCAGCGGAAGAUGAGAGCUCCUCCUCCCGCUGCUGCCUCACUGCUCUCGAGCUCUUCUUCUCCCUUCGCCUCGGCCCCGCGCCUCCUCCUCUCCUUCUCCCGCGCGCCCGCCGCCGCCUCCCGCCCGCCUCCCGCAUGCGCCGUCGCCCGCUCCGUCUCCGUCUCCGUCGAGGCGCCGGCGACCUCGGCCUCCGCGACGCCGCGCCGACGCCUCAUCCUCCUCCGGCACGGGGAGAGCGCCGCGGGGGGCCGCUCCACCAGAGAUCAUGAUAGACCACUAAGCAAAGCUGGAAGAGCCGAUGCAAUCAGUGUUUCUGAUAAACUUCAGCAGAUGGGAUGGAUACCUGAGCUUAUUCUAUGCAGUGAUGCUACUCGCACAAAGGAAACUCUUAAGAUCCUGCAAGAGCAUGUUCAAGGGUUGUCUGAAGCAGUGGUGCACUUUAUCCCAAGUUUCUACUCAAUUGCAGCAAUGGAUGGUCAAACUGCAGAGCACUUGCAAAAGGCAAUCUGUGAAUAUUCUAGUGACGACAUCCUAAGUGUCAUGUGCAUGGGACAUAAUAAAGGAUGGGAAGAAGCAGCCUCUAUGUUUUCUGGUGAUUCGGUGGUGCUCAAGACAUGUAAUGCUGCACUGCUUGAAGCUGCAGGGAAAUCAUGGGUUGAGGCUUUUUCUCUGGCUGGCCUUGGGGGAUGGAAGCUUCAUGGAAUUGUAAAGCCAUAGAUUGUUGUAACUAAAAACUAGAUGCAAUUUUUGUUAGCUGAUUCUUGAUUCUUAUUUUGCCUCGUGUACCAAGUUUUUACAUGCCAGUGAAGAUAUUAACGUGGAUAGAUACAUGAGCUCAAUACAUUUUUCUAUA